AUGACGUCGUCGGUCGACCUAUCCCAACCGACCAUCAUGUCGUUGCAGCAGGAAAUUUUCACCCUCCUGUCGGUGUCGGCGAGUAUCCCUCUAUGCGAACGGUAUGUUACCGACACACAUCUCGGACAACGCUCACAAGAUGCAGGCAAACCGGCGACCGAAGAGGAUUUGUUCGCGUACAACAGGGGCCGGUUCCUCGUCAACGAGGGAUACGAGCUCGCCAAGCGGUACUCGCCCUUUGACAUCCAGGAACUAUGCAGGAUGGUCUCCUCGCUGCCUCGCGUGGCCGGCUCACCCAUCACCAAACUCGAGAAGAAGGAGGGCGGGUACAACAAGGCGCUGCUGAUGACCGCAGAGAAUGGGACAAAGAUUCUGGCAAAGGUGCCGUGUCGGAAUAUCGUGCCUCGAUGGUACGGGACCGCGUCGGAGGUGGCUGUCUUGAAGUUUGUCAAAUCUCACUCGUCCACGCCCGUCUCGGACGUUCUCGCGUGGUGCGCGGACGAUUCGAACCCCGUCCGUUCCGAAUACAUCGUCCUGGAGCCGAGCGUCGGCCAGCAGCUCACCAAGGUGUGGGACCACCUGGCCGAACACGACCGCGUGAAGCUGAUCCGCAACUUUGCCUUUCUGGAAAGCAAGCUGGCAGCCAACAAGUUCCCCGGCUACGGCGCCCUGUACCUGCGCAACGCCCUGCCCCCGGCGCUGAAACACCCCACCCGCACAAUCGACGUGGACGAGACGUACUGCCUUGGCCCGAUGUACCACGGGUCCUGGCCCGGCGGGUUCGCAGCUGACCCAGACGCCUAUGCAAAGUACUCCGGUCCCUGGCGGACCCUCGCCGACCUCGGCAGAGAUCUCGUCCACCAGGGCAUCUGCCAGGUAAAAAACCACAAGACCUCCUACGCGGGCCGGGGCCCGCACUACGGCACGCCCGAGGAACAUCUCGACGUCCUCGAGACCGUGCUCCAGGUGAUGCCCAUCCUCGCCCGGUCCGCGCCCAUCUGCCGCCACGCCGAGCCGGUCCUCUGCCACCCGGACUUCCACCCGGGCAACAUCUUCGUCUCCACCGAGGAUCCCACCGUCAUCGUGGGCGUCAUCGACUGGCAAUUCACCUGCAUCCUCCCCCGCUUCACCCAGGUCCGCUGGCCGCUCUUCCUCUCCCCACCGGAAGGCUACCAACCCGGCACCAGCAACCCGGAGCUCGCCCCCUCCUACAACACAGCCGACACCGACACCGACGCCGACGCCACCACGGCAAAAGUGCAGGACGAGGCCCUGCGCGCCAAAUGCUACGAGGCCGCCCUCCUCAAAUCCCAUCUCGAGUCCUACCUCGCCCUCACCGAGCCGGACGUCGCCAUCCGCCGCCUCUUCACCUCCUGCCCCUUCACCUACCGGGACGGCAUCCUCCCCCUCCGCGACUCCCUGCUCCGGCUCUCGCAGCACUGGGCCCACCUGCGCGUCGGCGAGGCGUGUCCGUACCGGUUCACGGCGGCCGAGGUGGCAAGGCACGAGCAGCAGAUGGCCGAGUACGACGACUGGCUGAAGCUGCGGGAGCAUACGCACCAGCUGCUGCGCUCGAACGACGGCGGGUGGGUGCCGUCCGGGGCGGACUUUGAGGCGAUCCAGGCCAGGCAUGAGAAGUUGUACCGGCGGUUUGUGGAGACGAAGAUGCAGAAGCGCAUGUCGGAGGAGGAUGCGAAGAGGCAGUGGUUUUUUCGGGAUAGGGGGUAG